AUGCACAUCUCCAAGAAGCUCUCUCUGGCACACACCCAGCAGAAGCCGACAUUUUCGUUCGAAUUCUUCCCACCCAAAACCGCACAGGGUGUGCAAAAUCUCUAUGAUCGAAUGGACCGCAUGCACGAUCUAGGUCCCGCUUUCAUUGAUAUAACAUGGGGCGCGGGUGGAAGGCAUUCUCAACUGACGUGCGAGAUGGUGAGCGCUGCACAGGCACAUUAUGGCCUCGAAACAUGCAUGCACCUGACCUGCACGGAUAUGGAACGCGACAAGCUAGACGAAGCUCUCAAUCUGGCGUACAAGUCGGGAUGCACAAACAUACUCGCUCUACGGGGCGACCCACCUCGAGACCAGGAGAAGUGGGAGGCCAAGGACAAAGGUUUCCGUUAUGCAAAAGAUCUAGUCAAGCAUAUCAAAACUACGUACGGCGACCAUUUCGAUAUCGGAGUGGCAGGCUACCCAGAAGGCUGCGACGAUCAAGAUGACCCGGACCUCCUGUUGGAUCAUCUGAAGGAGAAGAUUGACGCUGGCGGCACCUUCAUCGUGACACAAAUGUUCUACGACGUUGAGAUCUUCCUCGACUGGGUUAGUAAAGUCCGCAAAAGAGGCAUUGAUGUCCCCAUAAUUCCAGGCAUCAUGCCCAUCUCCACCCACGACGCCUUUCUCAGGCGAGCCAACUGGGCCAAGUGCCAGAUUCCGGAAUCCUGGCAUAUGGCCCUCGAGCCGGUCAAGAACGAUGACGCCGCUGUACGCGACAUCGGUAGGGACUUGGUUGCCGAGAUGUGCAAAAAGAUUCUUGACGCAGGGAUCUAUCAUUUGCAUUUCUACACGAUGAACCUUGCACAGUCUACAAGAAUGGUGCUCGAAGAACUAUCUAUGACCCCAGAGACAUCCGGUGUACCCCUCGAUAAGCCAUUGCCUUGGCGGCAGUCCCUUGGUCUCAAUCGUCGUGAUGAAACUGUCCGACCCAUCUUCUGGAGAAACCGUAAUACAUCGUAUGUGGCCAGAACGGCAGAUUGGGACGAGUUCCCCAACGGCCGCUGGGGCGACAGUCGAAGUCCAGCAUUUGGUGGUCUGGAUGCCUACGGCAUCGGUCUGAAAGGGACUAACGAGGCCAACAUCAAGCUCUGGGGCGAGCCUACAACGCUUAGACAAGUCAGCGAGCUGUUUGUCAAGUACCUGAAAGGCGACCUCGAUCGUUUACCAUGGAGUGAAGGCAAGAUCACGGAAGAGACAGACAGUAUCAGAAAUGAUCUCAUUAAAUUGAACUCGCGGGGGUUCCUGUCCAUCAAUUCUCAGCCGGCAGUAAAUGCUGCCAAAUCGUCACACCCUGUCCAUGGAUGGGGUCCAAAAGGUGGCUACGUCUAUCAAAAAGCCUAUCUUGAGCUUUUGGUCUUCCCAAGUGUCUUUGACAAGGUCAUGGAGCGUUUAGACGCCAAUCCUAACCUCACCUACCAUGCGGUCAACAAAGACGGCAGAUUGAUCACCAACGCUCCAGAUGAAGGGCCCAAUGCUGUUACGUGGGGCAUUUUCCCAAACAGAGAGAUUGUGCAACCGACAGUCGUCGAGACUGUCUCCUUCUUGGCCUGGAAAGACGAAGCAUUCCGGCUUGGUCACGACUGGUCGAGUUGUUACCCCAGUGACACUGCAACCCGUCGUUUGAUCGAGACCAUCAUGGACGAGUGCUAUUUGGUCAAUAUCGUCAACAAUGACUUCCACGAAUCACACGAGAUUUUUGAGAUAUUCGAUGGGCUCGAGGUGGAAAAUUUCGAUCGGGUUUUCGAGGCUCCGGCUGCCAACGGGCGUCAGAAUGGUGUCCGCAACGUGGUGAACGGGGAUGCAAAAGCCGACGACGUCGAGAAAGCUGUCAAGCAAGACCCUGCGAAAGUGCCUUUCCAAGCCGCACUCAGGACGGCAGAUCAUCAAAGGCUCAACGAAUCUGGGAAUGUACCCAACUAA